AUAUAAUACCAAAUAUUAUUACUAUCGUCCAUAUUAAGAACAAACAUUCAUAUUGAAUUAUAUUGUUAUAGUUCUAAGUAAAGGUACUCAAUAAAUAAUCAAUCAAUUCACCAAUCAAAUGUAUAAAUCCUUACUCAUUGAUUAAUGAACUCUAUUUGAUUGGUCAUGUGAACUAACCCAUUUCUGGUUGGUUUUUUGUUUCUUUAUUUAUUUAUCUCAUUACAUUCAUUUUGUCAAAUACAUAUAAAGUAGUGGAUUUAUAUUCAAACAUCAAUCUCAAUCACAAUCACAACAAUAAUCAUAAUAACAACAACAACAAUUAUUAUUAUUAUCAUUAUUGAAUGUAUUAUAAAAUAUGCAUAAAUUAUAUCCAUGGUUUAUAUUAAUAAGUGCUGCAUUAUCUGUAAUAUUUUUAGGUGGUAAACGUAGAGCAUUUGGUAUAUUUAUAGCAAAAUUACAUUCAGAAUAUAAUAAAACAACAUUAGUUGAAUUAAAUUGGAUUGGUGAUUCAUAUUCAGCAUUAGGUUAUUUAACAACAUCUAUAACAACAUCAAUAAUUUUAUAUACAAAUAAAAAAUAUGGUAUAACACAAUUUUUUGGUGCAUUUUUUAUAUUAUUAGCAUGUAUUACUAGUUCAUUUGUAUUGAAUCCACAUUGGUUAUUUAUAACCCAUACAUUAUUACAUGGUAUUGGUUCAUCAUUUAUAUUAAGUACAUGUAGUUUAAUAGUAAAUGAUUAUUUUUAUAAAAAUCAUCCAUAUCAUAUAUUAGCAACAACAUUAGUAUCUGGAGGUUCAGUUGCAUCUAUAUUAUUUAUUGAAUUUUAUGCUUAUUUAAUUGAUAUAUAUAAUUGGAGAUUAACAUUUAUUAUACUUGGUAUUAUAUAUUUUAUUAUAUUAUUUAUUACUUCUAUGAUAUUUUAUAAAAAGAAUACUUUAACAUCUCAGAUAUAUAAAAGUAACCAGUCUAAUGAUAAUUAUCAAUGGAAUCUAUGGAAUAUAUAUUGGAAUUUAUAUUGGCAACAAAAAUUAUUAUUGUUAUUAUGGUUUAUUGAUAGAAUAAUUACAAGUAUUGUUACAUAUGGUAUGUUAUUAAAUUUAACUGAUUAUGUUUAUCAACAUGAAACAUUAUUACAAAAUAGUAUAUUAUUAACUAAUUUAUUUGCAUCCGGUGAAGCAACUACUUAUAUUAUUGGUGCUAUAUUAACUGGUUAUACUAAAAAUUUAUUAAAAAAUCAAUUAAAAUAUAUUUUAAUCAUAUCCAGUAUAUGUAUGUCUAUUGGAUUAAUAUUAUGGGAAUAUUUUGCAUGGAAUUAUAUUAUCAGUAUUAUAUUAUCAUAUAUGAAUGGAUUUUUUUUAGGACCAUCUAUAACAUUUUUAUAUCCGGUUAGUGAAGAAAUGACAUUAUUACCUGGUUAUAUAUCUUAUUCAUUAUCAUUAGGUGGUAUGGGUAUUGGUAUGUUAUUAUCACCAUUAUUAUCAGCAUUUAUUGCUGAAACAUUUCAAUAUCAUUGGUUUUUUUUAAUACAAGGUAUAAUUGUGAUUAUUAAAUCGUUAUGUUUAAUAUGUUCAUGGAGAUUAAUUAAACAUUUAAUACAAUUUAAUAAACAUUUAUUAUAUCAUAAACAACAACAUGAUCCUGAUGAUCAUGAUGAUGAUGAUGAUGAUGAUGAGGAUGAUGAAGGAGAACAAAAACAACAACAACAACGACGAAAACGACAACAUCAAGAAGAUGAACUAGAAGAUCAAUCUUUAACAUUCAAUAGUGAAACACAAUGUUUAAUUAGUCCAAUGAUAAAAAAACAAUCGAAUUCAAAAAUGAUUUAAUUUUUUUCUAUUUUUUUUCUUCUCAUUCUACUACUCAUUUAUUUUGUUUUAUUUUUUUUUCGAAUUUUGUUGUUGUUGUUGUUGGUAAUUUGAUAUAUUGAUGAAAUAUACUACUGAUUAUCGCUACUUUAAUGGUCUUCUCCGUCCUACACACUGUGCAAACAUUCCAUGUAAGCGUGUUAAACGUUGAUCUGGUUGUGAGAAGACGAUUCGUUCUCAUCGUUUAUGAAGAAUGUAAGCCUUCUUCAUGAAGCGUUAUAAUUCUUCUGAAUGAAGAUUCCACAACUCACAGAGUAGAGUUUAAAUGUUUUAAAUUGUUUAUUCUGUUUAGUG